AUGUCACACCCACUCAUCCAUGGACGAAAUGUCAUUAAAUGCAUUUCUUGUGAGCUUUCGGACUAUCAUAUGGGUCUAAACGAGGUUUGGUCUCAAGACCCAGCAGCCGCACUCCACGACGACCAAAUGAAACACAACAGUCUUGCCGACAUCAAUCUAUAUGAUGUGCCAUUUGCCACGCGCAAUGAGUACCAUCGUUAUUGCCGUGCCUGUUUUAUGGCCAUGGCCAGAAUUUAUUCAACUUUGAAAAAAUGGCAUAAAGCACACAUGAACCACAAGGGUCCACCACAGACCAAUCGAUAUGACGACCGCCCCUUAAGCUAUAGGAAAACAUCAAUAGCGAUGAGUAUCUGUGAUUUUUCCGAAGACUUCGACUACUGUUAUGAGUGUUUCAUGGAAUGCGACAAACUCUUUGAACUUCAAAUAUGCAAACAUCUACGACGAAUCACGCGUCUGGAUAAUACCGCCCUACACUUCACCAAACAGGGGAUUGAAACAGGACUUGUGUUUGAAGCUCUCUUCAAGCAGGGUCCUCGGAGUCUAGAGUAUAUCAGAGAGCGGGCAGAGGCCGACUUGAUUUGCAUUACCUGCAACUGGGUGUUUAGAAAUGGAGAUGAGGCCAGAGACCACCGGAUUGGUAGGCAUCUGGGGUUACGAGAUGCAGGUGACAACAUUAUUCAACUAGAUGAAUCAGCUGCCAGGUCUCAAGAUCUAGCAAUUCGUGCCUUUAUUUGUACCGUCUGUGGCAUAACCUGCCCGACCCAAGAGCGACUUGACACUCACCAAAGUGUUGGUCACCCGGUCGCCUGGUAUUGCAGCGUCUGUGACAGGACCUGCUCAACCUACGACGAAAUGGAAGAUCACAACUGGGAUUUACACCAGGGAUGUGUGCGCUACAAUAUACGCCGUGCUAGGGCUACCUUUACUUGCACCACCUGCAACAUGUCCUAUAACGACCAAAGACAACUCGAUCAGCAUGUCAUACGGAAACAUACAGCCCCACCCACCGUGCGUUACAUCUCCCCAGAGGGCUCUUGGUAUUGCAGCGCCUGUAACAGGGAUUUCUACUCUCAAUGCGCAGUCAACGAGCAUAAUAGAGAUACACAUUGGGGACGCAGGAGCUUCUGUUUACCUCGCGCCUAUGCUGCCUCGACUUGUGUCACUUGCAACAGAAGAUUCAAUAACUACGAUGAACUCCUCACCCAUACCGCCAAUACGCAUCAUAAGCUACCGACACUAUCCAAACUCGAUGCUCAUCUUAGACCGUCUCUCGAGGCCCAACAAGCUGAACGCCAAAAGAACAUGCUCAAGGCACAACGAGCCGCGUCCACAUUGUCUUGCACCAACUGCGACAGGACGUUUGACACCCAAGUAGCAUUCGAAAAUCAUAUCAGUGCCAAGGUUUUCGAUGAACCGACAGCCGAGUUCACAGAUGUCUCUAUAGCUUUUUUUUGUUGUGACCGCUGCGACAAGUACUUCCUGGAAGAGUAUACACGCGACAUUCAUAAUCAGGUCGUGCAUGACGAAACACCAGAAAAACGUGGACCUGAUUGUGAAUGUGCCGGCUGUUACAAGACCUUCAAUAACCAGCCUGCAUUGGAUCAUCAUUACAAGACAGAACAUUACCCCUGUUGUGAAAAAUGCAACAUAAUAUUCCCUCACGGGUGUGACUAUGAUGAACAUGAAAGACUGUUUCACCCUCGGGCAGCCGAAGAUGAACGUCAAAGACUGAGUGAGAUUGAAGCAGAGCAACAACAAGAACCUGAGCGACCAAACAAUCCCAGCGUCCAUGAUUCCUCGGCCAAUAACCGACACAUAGAGGCCAAGAAUGUCCCCAAAGGCUUUCGUUGUGCUCCCUGUAACAAAACCUUUAAAUCUCAGCGUGGACUCAAAGACCAUACUCGGGAUAAGCAUGGCGUCAUCGAGAUACAUAAGUGCACUCUUUGUAACAAAAAGCCCUUUUGCUCCCAGCGCGCUCUAGAGCAGCAUCGAGGAACAAAGCACGCACAUCCCGCAGCGAACUCUCUCAGAGCGGCUCUCCCGGACCAAGCCAGCCUCAACAAACUGGCGCUGGAGGUCGCUCGGAUGACAGUUCAUGCGAUGAAUUGUCUGAACCAGAAUAUCUAG